GAUAGUGCCGUCGAUGUUUCUCCACCUCUACUCUUAAUACAAAUAAUAAAUAAAAAAAUCAAAAUUAAAUGUGCUAAUACGGUUGAACGGUCAGCGCAAGGUUUUAAACAAUAAUAAACGUAGUUAAAUCAAGUGCAGCACACCAGACAACUGGAAAUAACGUAAAGAUUAGAGCACGCGCUUGCAUUACUGCAAUUGCAAUUUGCAAUCUCCAUUUUUGGCUGCGGCAUUUUACAAUUAAUAAAAGGCUAAAAUCAAAUUAACUUGUCUCAAAUCAAAACCGAGCAGCCAAGAUGCAAAACAAUCCCAGUCCACAGUUACCAUGCAAGGGCAUUUUAAAGACUUCACGCAGCUUCGACAAGUCGGGCGCCAGUUUUCGCAAAAGUGCCAAGUUCGACGAACUGAAUGUGCUGCAAACGUUUCAUCCGGCCGACAAGGAUUAUGGCCAUAUGAAAAUCGAUGAGCCAAAAACACCCUACAACUAUACAGAACCCUUCAAUGAAAACAAAGAUGAAUUGGACACUGAGCUUCUGGUAGAGAAAUUGCGCAUUGCAGCCAGCUCACAGUCUUCCCAGAGCAUUGAUGAUGAAGGUUCUUCCGGCGAUGAGCAGCCUCUUAGCGAAGAGGAGCGACAGCGACGUCGUGAAUUUGAGCGGCGUCGCAAGGCGCAUUACCGUGAAUUCGAGGCAGUAAAAUUGGCACGCAAGCUUAUACAGGAGGAGGACGAUGAUGUCGAGGAUAAUGAGGGCGGCGCUGCAUCUGGUUCGGCACAAGGCGGCGCCUCCAGCUCCAGUUCCAGCAGAUUCGCCAGCGGUUCGACACAAAAGGUGGAAAUUUGAUUUCUCAACAUGAAACACACACAAAAGUGCCACAAAAACAGAAACAUAAAUAAUGAGGAGAGGAGAAGAUGAAUGAUAAUGAAGUAAGCCAUGAAGAAAACGAUAAAGAUGAAGAUGAUGAAGGAAAACUUGUUGAAUAUUGAGCAUUGAUUUGGCCUUACGUUUAGUUAUUUAUUAAACCAAAACAUGUACUAUUAUAAUUACGAUUACGAUUAUUAUUGUGAAUAUAAUAAUUCCUUUUUUUAGCAAUGCAAUACGAAAGUUUCAAAUAAAGAGCAAUGUGAAAUCCUUUGUAAAAACCCAAAACAAUUCAAAUCCCCAACUCGGAAAGUUUUAGAAAGAAAACACAAUGGUCGCUUUUCUCGUCGCGAGUGUUCAUAAACUUGCCAUUUAUUUACUUCUCAUUAUUCAUUGUUCAUAGUUAUACAACAAUUUGUGUAUAUAUACGUAAGGUAAAUCCAUAUCGUGUAGUUUUGACAUUGCUGGUCAGUAUUUUGUUUUGUUUUGUUUUAUGUUGGUAU